AGUCCGCCGGGCGCUGUACAAACAUCACACCCCCAAAUGCGUCUGUGCAACUAUAUCUGAUCAUGCUACUCCAGGAAAUGCGCCAUUUGCUUAAAAACACGGCAUAAAUCAUCUUAUCAUUCAUGUAGCUCCAGCGAUAAGUGAAUGGUUGACUUGUAAAGGCUCGGGUUUGCACGCUUACUGGUAGUUAGCAUGUUGGUAUCAUAACAUUGUGUCAGAUUGAUUUAGUCAUGACGGAAUUAAGAUGCAGGAAGGCUGAGACUUUAGAUGGAGGAAAAGAAGAUGAUCAAGUCCAAGAUGAACGGGACGAGACAAGCAAUAAAGAUGCGAGUGAGUCUAGUAACAUAGAGGACACUGAAGGGACAAAUGAAGAGCAAUCCAAAGAUCUUGGGGACACUCCAAAACAAGCGGUCCCUGAGCAGCCUGAGAAGAAAUGCAGAAGAAGAUCUACUUUCUUUCAGCGCUUGGUGAGGGGGGCUUUUGGAUGUGUGGCAGCUGUGGCCUGUGGGAUGCUCUAUGCAGCUUAUCUGUCUGCUUAUCAUGACAGGAAGUUCUGGUUUUCAGCGAGACAGGAGCUAGAGAGGGAGAUCACCUUUCAGGCUGGCAGUGGGAUGUAUUAUUACUAUUACAAACAUAUGUUAGCUGCUCCUUCAUUUCAAAGAGGGUUUUAUGAGCUGACUGUAGAUAACAGAACCGUGUCGGGUCAGACUAUUAACGCAGUAGAGCGUCUAUCUCUAUAUCCGGAGCUCCUCACAAGCUUCACCUACAAACUCUUUGACAGUGAAGAUAUGGUGGAGCCUAUCUAUUUUUACAUUGGAAUGGUGUUUGGACUUCAGGCAGUCUAUGUAACGGCUCUGUUUGUGAGUAGCUGGGUUCUUAGUAGGACCUGGGUGGCCGGUAUGUUAGCUGUGGCCUGGUAUGUCAUUAACAGACCAGACACAACGAGAGUGGAUGAUGCUGUUCCUCUUCGAGAAAACUGGGCUCUGCCGUAUUUUUCGUGUCAAGUGGCAGCUUUGACUGGUUACCUUUGUAACAACAUCAGCGCUGCUACUGAGAUGCUUUGCUUUUCCAUGAUGAGUGCAGUCACCUUCAUCUUUCUGUUGGUUUGGGAGCACAGUCACUACGUACUCUUUGUCCAGGCCCUGUGUCUGUUUCUGCUGGAUUCAUUUGACUUGGUCCCUCCAAGAAAGGUGGCUGACAUGCAUAAACUGUACCUCUCCUGUCUACUUGCUGCAUAUUGGUGCCAAUUUCAGAAUCCUGCACUCCUUGGUUCCCCUCUGCUCAGUCUAGUGUUCGGAUCCAUGCUAGCCAGAUACUUUCAGCAAAAUAUGAAGAGAGGUCCCGUCAUGGCCAGAAUAAUAAAACUCUUUCUUCACUUUUAUCUAGUUUUCACAACAAGCAUUACCUUCAAUUAUUUAAUCAAGAAAGUAUUACCUGUGAUUGAGAGUGACUUCAUAUUGAAGUUUCUCGAAGCAAAGUUUGGACUCAAUACAACUACUGAUUUUGUAACCAACUUCCUCCUGUGUCAAGACGGUUUCCAGAGACCAGGCCAGGACCUGUUUCUCAGACUCACCCAGGCCUCAGUUUUACCAUUUUACUUCCUAGUUCUCGCAGUGUGUCUUUUGUCCAUGCUGGAGUCAGUCUAUAAGAGACUACGGGGGCAGCCAAUAAAAGAUAAACUCAAACUUGAAGAUGGACAAAUAGGAGAGCAUCCUGAGGUCACCUACCAUGUUUUUCAUACUCUUUUGUUUGGAGGCUUAGCGCUGCUCUUUGAUGGCACCAAGUACUUGUGGACUCCAUAUGUAUGCAUGUUCACUGCUUUUGGGGUCUGUUCUCCGAAGAUGUGGAUGACUCUGUUUAAGUGGCUGAACCUGAAAUCUCUCGACCCUGUAGUUUUGUCUUUAACUCUGAGCACUGCUGUUCCCACAAUUAUCUGUUUUAGUUUGUGGAGAGAGUAUUGUCCUCGUGUCAUGUCGGAGUUGGCAGAUCUCCAAGAGUUUUAUGAUCCAGAUACAGUCGAACUCAUCAACUGGAUCAAGACACGGGCUCCUAUAGCAGCAGUAUUUGCAGGCAGCCCUCAGCUCCUGGGAACAGUCAAGCUGUGUUCAGGCUCCAUUGUCACCAGUUUACCACUUUACUCCGACAUCGGUCUGCUCCGUAGGACUGAAGAUCCUUUCCAGGUCUAUGCAAUGCGGUCGCCUGAAGAAAUCUACAAGAUUUUAACCAGUCAAAAGACAAACUAUGUCAUAAUAGAGGAGGCAAUCUGCAACGAGCUCAGCCUGAACCGAGGGUGCAGAAUCAAAGACCUCCUCGAUAUCUCCAACGGACAUGUGGUGUAUGACAAAGGCCAGAUGUACUCAUUUUCCAAACAUGGGAGAUUUUGCAAUGAGAUAAAAAUGAACUACUCUCCGUACACAAACUAUUUCACUCGGGUUUUUUGGAAUCGUUCGUACCACAUUUAUAAAGUCAACUCAGUCAUUUCGUUUCAGUACUGACCCUGUUUUCAAGCUUCAAAGUAAUGGCACAAACACACACUUUGGCACACUUUAAAAAAAAAAAAAUGCAGAAACUCAAGAUAAAGAUGUCGUAUACACUGCAUCUUAAUUAAAACGGAUAUGACCUAUGCCAUAAAAAGUCAUUGUACUUUUGUUAUAUGCCGUGCGUUACUUUUAAAUGAGUCAUUAUGUGAAUCUAACAUUAUGCAAAACAUAUUUAGUUUGUUUUUAUUAUGUUCUUUUAAAUAUUAUGACCUGGUGUAUGAUUGCCUUAAAAUGUGACAAUGUAUUUUAUGAUUUUUCCAUUUUAAAUAGAUGUACCUGGGAAAUAAAAUAGCACCAGUAUAAUUACUUAUAAAAGGGAAAUUUUAGAAAAGUUAAGAAUAAUAUGAAGUAAUUAACUUGAUAAUCGCUGCAAAUGCUUUUUACCCAAACAAUGCCUUUUAAACUUGCCUUAAGCAUAGAAAGCUGUAUCUGCUGACAUUGGGUCAGUAGAUUUUACUAUUAGUAGGCUAUACAUGGUAAAAGAGUCUUGCAGAGUACUUACAAUCUUGCAAAAUUAAAAUUAACUUUAAUUCAUCUUAAAAAAUGACCAGUAAGCAUAGUUUAUUUCACUGUUCCAAAUCAAAGCAAGGUAUUUCAUGUAAUUUGUAUGAACACUGUUGUUAUGUUCUUUUGUAUUGCAACAUGUCAUUGUUAUGUUUAGCUGGAGAUGUUUUUGUGAAUGAACCAAGAUCGCACAUUUGUUAGUACUUGUUAUUCUGGUUUUGAAGCUGCUCUCUUUCUGUUUACUUUGUCUUUCAUCACUCUGCCUUAUGUUGUCCAUCUUUUGCUGUUACCUGAAGUAUUUGAUGCUACUGGUCCAACCAUCCUUUGCAAAUGGCCAUGUAGUGAAAAGUGACUAAGCGGCUGGAUAUAAAAGUAAAAGUAAAAAAAAUAAUAAUAAUAAUAUCACUAUAUUGCAUCUUACUUAACUGUCAAGAUACAUGAAAGUUAUCAUAAUUCAUCUUCAUUCACAUGACAUAAAAAUAAAGGCUUUAAUAUGGU